AUGGCUUCUUCUACUGUGACUCUUCUUGGCCCACCUUCCGUCGCAUCCACCGAGACUCCUGUUACCCCUGUUACCGACGAUCACAAUCUCAUCUCCAAGACCGCGACACUAAACCUCGGAGAAGAAGCACCGCCAAUGGGUUUGACUGAAAACUUAUCCGCGACGUUCCUCUCCUCCGGGAACCCAUGUCUCGAUUUCUUCUUCCACAUCGUCCCCGACACGUCCCCCGACGAUCUGAUCCAAAGGCUGGAGCUUUCUUGGUCACACGACCCGUUGACUACGUUAAAGCUCGUCUGCAAUCUCCGAGGAGUUCGAGGAACUGGGAAAUCAGAUAAAGAAGGGUUUUACACUGCUGUCUAUUGGCUUUACCAGAAUCACCCCAAAACCCUAGCUUUGAAUCUCCCGGCUCUCGUCGAAUUCGGGUAUCUGAAAGAUCUGCCCGAGAUUCUGUAUCGGAUCCUCGAAGGCCAGCAGAUGGAGAGAGGGAAGAGCCGGGUCUGGAGGAAGAAGAUCCAGAGGAAAUUCAAGCGGAAGAGCGACGAAAGCUCCGAGAUUUCCGGGGAUUUGGCAGAUCGGAUUCUGGAAAACGCGGAGGAGAUCGGUGGCCCCGUCGAUAAAGUAAAGGCUAGAGCUUUACGGAAACAGAGAGAGUCAGAGAAGGCGAAGAGAGCUUUAGAGAGGUACAGAUCCGAUGCUAAUUACAGAUUACUCUUUGAUCGAACCGCGGAUUUGUUUGCUGAUUUGUUGAAAUCCGAUUUGAAGUAUCUGAAUUCGAAUGAGAUGAAUAAGAUUGGGUUAGCUUCGAAAUGGUGUCCUUCUGUUGAUUCUUCGUAUGAUAAGACUAGUUUGAUAUGUGAGGCAAUUGCUAGAAGAAUGUUCUCUAGAGACGAAUACAAUGGAGUCGAAGAAGCUCAUUACGUUUACAGGAUUAGAGAUAGGUUGAGGAAACAAGUUCUUGUGCCAUUGCAUAAGGCUCUUGAGUUGCCUGAGUUGUCUAUGAGUGCAAAAGAAUGGAACUUGUUGAAGUACAAUAGAGUUGCUUCCGUGGCUAUGAAGAACUACAAGAAGCUCUUUGAGGAGCAUGAUAGCGAGAGGUUUACGCAGUUUCUUGAGGAUGUGAAGUCAGGGAAGGAGAAGAUUGCUGCUGGUGCGUUGCUUCCUCAUGAGAUAAUCAAACAGCUGGAGGAGGAUGAGAACGGGAGUGAGGUUGGCUCUGAGGUUGCGGAGCUUCAGUGGGCGAGGAUGGUGGAUGAUAUGGCUAAGAAAGGGAAGCUGAAGAACUCGUUGGCGGUUUGUGAUGUCUCUGGGAGCAUGAGUGGUACGCCUAUGGAGGUUUGCGUGGCGCUAGGGUUGUUGGUGUCGGAGCUUAACGAUGAGCCGUGGAAAGGGAAAGUUAUCACCUUUAGCGAGAACCCGGAGAUUCAUGUGGUCACUGGUUCGAGUCUGAGAGAGAAGACUCGGUUUGUUAGGGAGAUGGAUUGGGGGAUGAACACUGAUUUCCAGAAGGUGUUUGAUCGGAUUCUUGAGGUUGCAGUGGAGAGUAACCUGACCGAUGAUCAGAUGAUCAAGCGGUUGUUUGUGUUCAGCGACAUGGAGUUCGAUGAUGCGACCGGAAACAACCAUUCCGAGGUGAGUUACGCUAUGAGUUUGGAGGAGCGGUUGAAGAAGAGGAAGCAGCUGGCGGAGGAGAAGUGGGAGACGGAUUAUGAGGUGGUACAGAGGAAGUAUAAAGAGAGAGGCUUUGAGAAUGUUCCGGAGAUGGUGUUUUGGAAUCUGAGAGACUCGUCGGCUACGCCGGUGGUGGCUAAUCAGAAAGGAGUGGCUUUGGUUAGUGGGUUUUCGAAGAAUCUGCUCACUCUGUUUCUUGAGGAAGGUGGGAUUGUGUGUCCUGAUGAUGUCAUGUGGUUAGCCAUUAAAGGUGAGGAGUAUAAGAAGCUUGCUGUGUAUGACUGA